AUGGUCGCCGCAUUCGACCCCCUCGCCCCCUCGCAGGCAUCCUCUUCGACCGCCCCCGACAAGACUACUUUCCGUACUCUUACGAGGGAGCGUCAGAACAGGCAUCCUCCGAUCAAUGCUGCCGACGUCCCUGCGCUCGACGAGCUCGUGGCCCCGCAUAUCAAGAGUUUCAAUGCUUUGAUUGAAGAUGAUGGUAACCCCGGGAACAAGGGGUUGUUGCAGAUGGGUGUAGAGGAUAUUGGGGAGAAGGUGGUGUUUGACGGGAAGGGCGCCGAGGGAGGUUUGGGCACCAAAAUCAGCUUCCGAAUUGACAAAGUGGCGCUGAGUAAACCUCUUGUCCCCGAAAAGGACAAGCUUGCCGUCGAGCGAAGAAUAUUUCCUUCAGAAGCUCGAGAGCGACUCGUCACUUACCGAUCGAAAUUGACCGUCUACCUCAAGUGGACCGUCAUUGACGAGGACGGAAACAAGAAGGAGUAUGAUGAGAUCAAGGAGUGUGGUCUGUUACCGGUCAUGACAAGAUCGAUAAGAUGCAACUUGCAGGGCCUUCCCGCUACCGAGCUCAUCAAGCACGGCGAAGAAUCCACCUCUUUCGGUGGUUACUUUAUCGUCAACGGUAACGAAAAGAUCAUCCGAUACCUCGUCGUUCCCCGCCGACACAACCCCCUGAACCUCUUCCGACCGUCCUUUGCCAAGCGAGGUGCUUCCUAUACGCCUUACGGCUGUCAGAUCCGAUGCGUCCGACCGGACGAGACGGCUUGUACCAACACCAUCCACUACCUCUCCAACGGCGGUGCUACUAUCCGAUUCGCUUGGCGAAAGGUCGAAUACAUGAUUCCCCUCAUGCUCGUCCUCAAAGCCCUUGUCGACGCUAGCGACAAGGAGAUCUUUGAGGGCCUCAUCCAGGGCGAGUAUGACAACACUUUCUUGACCGACCGUGUAGAGUUGCUGUUGCGAGGACAAAAGUCCUGGGGACUGCACACUGGUGCGCAGUGUUUGGACUAUUUGGGAGAAAAGUUUAGGGUCGUGCUGGGUGUGCCCGAUGACUGGAGUAAUAUCCAGGUUGGUGGGUUCCUCUUGAGGAAGGUCAUUUUGGUGCACUUGCCCGCUCCCAGAGACAAGUUCAGGAUGCUCUUGUUCAUGCUCCGAAAGCUGUAUUCCCAGGUCUCUGGCGCCACUUGUGCCGACAACCCCGAUUCUCCCCAACACCACGAAGUCCUCCUUCCCGGUUUCCUUUACGGCAUGAUCAUCAAGGAGCGAUUCGACGAUUGUCUCAGCAGCGUCAAGGCGCAGAUCACUGCUGAUUUGAGAGAUGGCAAGGCGAGGAGCUUUACGGAUCCCAAAUACUUUACCAGCGUCUUAACCAAGACCAACUGGGAUAUCGGAUCCAAGCUCUCCUACUUUAUCGCCACCGGUAACCUCGUCUCGCCCACCGGUCUCGACCUGCAACAAACAUCCGGUUUCACCAUCGUCGCUGAAAAGCUCAACUUUUACCGAUACCUCGCCCAUUUCAGGUGUAUCCACCGAGGUGCCUUCUUUGCCGAGCUCAAGACGACUACCGUCCGAAAGUUGAUGCCCGAAUCAUGGGGUUUCCUCUGCCCCGUCCACACGCCCGACGGUUCGCCUUGUGGUCUGUUGAACCAUCUGUCGCAUACUUGUCAGAUCGUCACUGCGUCCAUCGACGCUUCCCACGUACCUGCACUCCUCACGGCGCAGGGUAUGACCCAGGUCUUUGCUUCGUCCAUCGACGGGCGUCGUAUGGUCUGUGUUCAGCUCGAUGGUCGCGUGAUUGGUUACGCCUCUGCGCUCAAGGCCAAGCAGCUUGCCAACUUGCUCCGAAAGCUCAAGACUGAAGGUGACCCCAAGGUCCCCAUCGACCUCGAGAUCGGUUACGUCCCCGUCACCAAGGGAGGCCAGUACCCCGGUCUGUACCUCUUUGCGAGCAGGAGUAGGAUGAUGCGUCCUGUUACCUACUUGGAGAAUGGCAAGAAGGACCACCUCGGUUCCUUUGAGCAGGUGUACAUGGAUGUGGCGAUUACGAAGGAAGAGAUUGAGAAGGGCGUGUCUACGCAUUUGGAACUCGAUCCGACGAGCAUGUUGUCGGUCAUUGCCAACUUGACACCAUUCUCCGACUUCAACCAGUCCCCUCGUAACAUGUACCAGUGCCAAAUGGGUAAACAAUCCAUGGGUACCCCCUCCACCGCGCUCAACCGCCGUACGGACAACAAGAUGUACCGUCUCCAGACCGGCCAAACCCCCGUCGUCCGACCCAACCUCCACAACCACUAUGGGUUCGACAACUUCCCCAACGGCAUGAACGCCAUUGUCGCCGUCAUCUCCUACACUGGUUAUGAUAUGGAAGACGCGAUGAUCUUGAACAAGUCUGCGCACGAGCGAGGGUUUGGUUAUGGUACCGUCUACAAGUCAGACAUCUUUGACCUCAAGGGUGUGCCUGGUGUUAGCAGGAGCUCCAAGCCUACGCUGCACUUUGGUCUGGGCAGGGAUAUCAAGGAGGACCAUGAUGCGAGGACGACUGUUGGAUCAGACGGUCUGCCGCUUAUUGGCUCUCGUGUCAAGGCUGGAGACCCUCUGUGUGGUUACACCGACGACACUACUGGCCGAACCAAGUUCCACAAGUACAAGGGCGACGAGACGGCCUACAUUGACGAAGUCCGCGUCCUCGGCUCCGACUCUGGUGACGCCGAACUCCAAAAGAUCCACAUCAAACUCCGUAUCCCCCGUUCGCCCGUCAUCGGUGACAAGUUUUCGUCACGACACGGUCAGAAGGGUGUCUGUUCGCAGAAAUUCCCUGCUAUCGAUAUGCCGUUCAGCGAGAGCGGUAUGCAGCCGGAUGUCAUCAUCAACCCUCACGCUUUCCCUUCGCGAAUGACUAUUGGUAUGUUUGUCGAGAGUAUGGCUGGUAAGGCUGGUGCUCUGCACGGUAUCGCCCAGGAUGCUACGCCCUUCAAGUUCUCGGACAAGGACAGACCAGUCGACUUCUUUGGCGAACAGCUCAAGGCUGCCGGCUACAACUACCACGGUAACGAGCCCAUGUACUCUGGCAUCACCGGUGAAGAGUUCCACGCCGACAUCUACCUUGGUCUCGUCUACUACCAGCGUUUGAGACAUAUGGUCAACGACAAGUUCCAGGUGCGAACGACUGGUCCUGUGGACCCCCUCACUCGACAGCCCGUCAAGGGUCGAAAGCGUGCUGGUGGUAUCCGAUUCGGUGAAAUGGAGCGAGAUGCUCUAAUCGCCCACGGAACGUCCUUCCUCCUCCAAGACCGACUCAUGAACUGUUCCGACUACUCUACCGCUUGGGUCUGCCGAACUUGUGGUUCUUUGGUGUCGCUCGGUUUCGAGGAAGUCAGUGGAGAGGGCAUGAAGGAGUACUGUAGGAUCUGUGAUGGUCAUGCGCACGAGCAUGGAGAGGAAAAGAAGGUCAAGGAGAAGAGCGUCGGGGUCAGUAUGCGGGGUGGUGAGAGGAAGGGGACGAUGGACGUCGUGCCGGUUCCUUAUGUCUUCCGAUACCUUUGUGCGGAGAUGGCUUGUAUGGGUAUCAGGUUGAACGUGACGGUGACAUAA